ACCCUCAUAGCACUCUUGAAUCUCUCUUAGUGAACCAAACACCAUUCAUUAAUCCAGAUAUGGGACAUCUGGAGUUAAUACUAAUUUUAACAUGGAUAUCAGGUUGCUAUACCAUAGACCACAAUAACAUUAGAUACGAUGUGAAACAAAGUGAUGCUGUGUUGGCUUCAUGUGACUUUGACAGAAACGAAGAACCUUUCUGUAACUUCAAACAAGACCCUACAGAUGACACAGACUGGACCCGCCAUACAGGACCCACCCCAACACCAGGCACUGGACCGCCAGGAGACUAUCCCAGUGGAUCUGGCUAUUACAUAUAUCACGAGGCUGACAAUGUCGCGAAUGGACAGAAGACACGUCUGCUCAGUCCGACUGUUAGCAAUGGACCUGCUGAGAUCUGUGUACAGUUCUUCUACUUUAUGUAUGGCAUUGAUAACGCAAAUACUCUGACUGUCUAUGUCAAACGUCCCAGCACCGAGGAAGAACUGUGGCAGAAAAUCGGCAUCCAAAGCACAUCAUGGCUUGGGGCUUCUGUCACAGUGCCCAUUCCAGCUGGAGAGAGUGUUCAGAUUGUGUUUGAAGCAAAGCGAGGGCUCACUUCAUCAUGUGACACUGCCCUGGAUAACAUUGUCAUAAGCGAGGGAGCCUGCCUUGGUUGUAUUGCUGGGUGUGAUUUCGAUGAGGGAGAAUUCUGUGACUGGACAAAUGAGGUGACAUCUGAUGACAUUUUUGGAUGGGAGCAUUGGACUGGACAGACAGACACACCAGACACUGGCCCUGAUGAUGACUUCUCCAAACCUGGAUUUGGGAAUUACCUGUUAUUGGACUCCUUGUCUAGUGUAGAAGGCGAGGCAGCUCAGCUCUGGAGCCCAUCUACUUCAGCUGCUUCUUCUGGUUGCUUACAACUGGAUUUCCAUUACUAUAUGUAUGGCAGUGCCUCCAACAUGGAGCUAAAGGUCCAUGUAGUAACAGCUGGUGGGGCACUUGGAGCUCCUAUUUUUAGUCUCAAAGGAAAUCAAGGUCAAGGCUGGAAACCAGCAACAGUUCCCUACAUUGGUUCAGCUGAUGUGCAGUUUGUAAUUGUUGGUGUUUAUGGUGAAACAGACAAGACAGAUAUUGCUAUCGAUAGUGUCUGCAUUACUACUUGUAUUGCACAACCGACCACACCUAAACCAACAACAGCAAGUCCAUCAACGCCUAAACCAACAACACCUAAACCAUCAACACCUAAACCAACAACAGCAAGUCCAUCAACGCCGAAACCUACAACCCCUAAACCAACAACGCCAAAGCCACCUACUACACCACCACCAGUGACAUGUCCUCCAAAUGCUGAGUACAUUGAUUGUGGUCCAGCCUGUAUUCCUACCUGUGAUCGGCCUUCAACAAAUUGCACAGGUUCAUGCAUCAGCGGCUGCUUCUGUAAACCAGGAUUUGUUUUCCGUGGUCAGCGCUGUGUUCCUAUUGAACAGUGUGGUUGUCUAGAUGAAAACAACAAUUACUUUGAGCCUGGUGAAAUUAUAUUUGGAAAUGGCUGCUCCAAGUUGUGUCGUUGUGCUGGCAACUACACCUUUGACUGUGUGGACAACACCUGUGACCCUGUGACAGAAGAAUGUCGUGAGGUUGGUGGCGUUCAUGGCUGCUACCCUAAAGGAACCUCAACCUGUGUUUCUUCUGGUGAUCCUCAUUACACCACCUUUGAUAAUAAGCGCUAUGACUUCAUGGGGAACUGCUCCUACCUGAUGUCUGAGCCUUGUAACAGCACAGAUGUGCCGUACUUCGCUGUGUACACAGACAAUGAGAAUCGCUACAACAAUCCUUCAAUCAGCUAUGUAAAAGCUGUGCAUGUCCAUGCAUUUGGAGUGAAAGUGUCCAUUCUGAAAGGAGGGAUUGUGCAGGUGGAUGGUACCAAUGUGAACAUCCCUCUUACUCCAGUCAAUGGCAUUGACAUUUUCAUGGCUGGUACGCAAUACACAGUGGCCCUAAACUUUGGUGUAACUGUACGUUAUGAUGGAAACCACUACAUGGACAUUAAAGUUAUCAAAGACUAUGAGGACAAACUUUGUGGACUGUGUGGAGACUACAAUGGAGACCCUAAAGAUGACUUCCGUACCCCCACUGGUGAACUCGUCCAAAGCCCUAAAGAUUUUGGUAACAGCUGGAACACAGAUCCUGAUUGUGAUAAAACAGAGGUUGACCCAUCACCUGGGUGUACAGAUACUGAGCUGGACUUGUAUGAAGGACCUGCUUACUGUGGUAUCAUAUUGGACAGCAAAGGUCCAUUUGCUACUUGCCAUCCAAAAGUCAACCCCAAUGGUUUCUUCAAAGACUGUUUGUUUGAUGUGUGUGAGUUGGAUGGUGCUCAGUCUGCAUUGUGUGAAGCAAUAGAGGCGUAUGUCAAUGAAUGUCAGCAACGUGGUGUCACAAUUGGAUCCUGGAGAAACAGCACCUUCUGUCCUCUGAAAUGUCCAGCCAAUAGUCACUUUGAAUCCUGCGUCCCAAUUUGCCAACCAUCCUGUUACCCAAUUCCACCAAAUCAGUGUACUGGACCCUGUUCUGAAGGAUGUUUGUGUGACCCUGGGUUUGUCCUUAGUGCUGGUCAGUGUGUGAAACAAGAUGAAUGUGGCUGCAUGCGUAAUGGACAGUACUACCAGCCAGGUGAAGAGUUUUACACCAAAGACUGUGAGCAGUUGUGUAAGUGUGAGCCUCCAUUUGUUACCUGUAAUGCUGCAGACUGCCCACCAAUGGAGCAAUGUGGUGUACAAGGUGGAGUCAUCGGGUGUUACCCAGAAGAUUCUCAGGACUGUAUUAUCUCUGGUGAUCCUCAUUAUAACAGCUUUGAUGGCAAAUACUUCAGUUUCAUGGGCACUUGCACCUACACUCUGGCACGCACCUGCAAAAACAACACUGGCCCCUGGUUCUCAAUAGAGGGUAAGAAUGAAGAGAGAGGAGUUUCUGGUGUUUCUUACCUGAGGAAACUUUAUGUGACUGUCAAUGGUGUCACUGUGACAAUGAUGAAAAGCAGAAAAACUUUGGUAAAUGGACACAGGGUUUCCCUCCCUCACUCCCCAUCUCCGCUCAUGUCUCUCUCUCUUGCUGGUCAAUAUGUUAUCCUCACUACUCCCUUCGGUCUGGAGGUGAAAUGGGACGGCAACCAUUAUGCCAAGAUCACUGUUCCCAGUUCCUACUAUGAUCAGAUGUGUGGCCUGUGUGGAGACUAUGAUGGAAACCCCAAUAAUGACUUCACUAAGCCAGAUGGCUCUCAAGCCGAUAGCUCAGAUCAGUUUGGUAACAGCUGGCAAACUGAUGAAGAUGAGGAUGAAACAUGCAAGCCUGACACAGGGCCUGACCCACCCUGUGAUCCUGAGCUGGAGGAUCUGGUGUCAAACCCAGAGAACUGUGGGAAAAUAACUGACAACAAUGGACCAUUUAGGGACUGUAUAAAGGUGGUGGAUCCACUGCCUUUCUUCCAGAGCUGUGUGUUUGAUAUGUGCCGUUAUGAUGGACUACAGCAGACUCUCUGUGAUCAGCUUCAAGCUUACACUGAUGCUUGUCUGAGUGCAGGUGCACCUGUCCAUCAGUGGAGGGAGCCAGACUUCUGCCCUCUGAUUUGCCCUCCAAACAGCCAUUACUCCAUAUGUGUGAGCUCCUGUCCAGAGACGUGUCUGGGUAUCAAUGGACCACCAGGCUGUAGUGAGAAGUGUGUUGAAGGCUGUGAGUGUAACCCUGGAUUCAUCUUAAGUGAUGAUAAAUGUGUGCCACUUAAAGACUGCGGCUGUGUGGAUUCCUCAGACUCUUACCAUCCAGUGAAUGAUAGCUGGUAUCUUGAGGGCUGUACAGAGAAGUGUACAUGUGAGGGUGGAGGAACUAUUCAGUGUUAUAACACCAGCUGUCUGCCUACUGAGAGCUGCCAGCUUGAGGACGGAGACUAUGACUGCAGACCUCUUGCAACACCUAAACCAACAACACCUCAGCCAACUACUACACCACCACCAGUGACAUGUCCUCCAAAUGCUGAGUACAUUGAUUGUGGUCCAGCCUGUAUUCCUACCUGUGAUCGGCCUUCAACAAAUUGCACAGGUUCAUGCAUCAGCGGCUGCUUCUGUAAACCAGGAUUUGUUUUCCGUGGUCAGCGCUGUGUUCCUAUUGAACAGUGUGGUUGUCUAGAUGAAAACAACAAUUACUUUGAGCCUGGUGAAAUUAUAUUUGGAAAUGGCUGCUCCAAGUUGUGUCGUUGUGCUGGCAACUACACCUUUGACUGUGUGGACAACACCUGUGACCCUGUGACAGAAGAAUGUCGUGAGGUUGGUGGCGUUCAUGGCUGCUACCCUAAAGGAACCUCAACUUGUGUUUCUUCUGGUGAUCCUCAUUACACCACCUUUGAUAAUAAGCGCUAUGACUUCAUGGGGAACUGCUCCUACCUGAUGUCUGAGCCUUGUAAUAGCACAGAUGUGCCGUACUUCGCUGUGUACACAGACAAUGAGAAUCGCUACAACAAUCCUUCAAUCAGCUAUGUAAAAGCUGUGCAUGUCCAUGCAUUUGGAGUAAAAGUGUCCAUUCUGAAAGGAGGGAUUGUGCAGGUGGAUGGUACCAAUGUGAACAUCCCUCUUACUCCUGUUAAUGGCAUUGACAUUUUCAUGGCUGGUACACAAUACACAGUGGUCUUGAAUUUUGGUGUGACUGUACGUUAUGAUGGAAACCACUACAUGGACAUUAAAGUUAUCAAAGACUAUGAGGACAAACUUUGUGGACUGUGUGGAGACUACAAUGGAGACCCUAAAGAUGACUUCCGUACUCCCACUGGUGAACUCGUCCAAAGCCCUAAAGAUUUUGGUAACAGCUGGAACACAGACCCUGAUUGUGAUAAAACAGAGGUUGACCCAUCACCUGGGUGUACAGAUACUGAGCUGGACUUGUAUGAAGGACCUGCUUACUGUGGUAUCAUAUUGGACAGCAAAGGUCCUUUUGCUACUUGCCAUCCAAAAGUCAACCCCAAUGGUUUCUUCAAAGACUGUUUGUUUGAUGUGUGUGAGUUGGAUGGUGCUCAGUCUGCAUUGUGUGAAGCAAUAGAGGCGUAUGUCAAUGAAUGUCAGCAACGUGGUGUCACAAUUGGAUCCUGGAGAAACAGCACCUUCUGUCCUCUGAAAUGUCCAGCCAAUAGUCACUUUGAAUCCUGCGUCCCAAUUUGCCAACCAUCCUGUUACCCAAUUCCACCAAAUCAGUGUACUGGACCCUGUUCUGAAGGAUGUUUGUGUGACCCUGGGUUUGUCCUUAGUGCUGGACAGUGUGUGAAACAAGAUGAAUGUGGCUGCAUGCGUAAUGGACAGUACUACCAGCCAGGUGAAGAGUUUUACACCAAAGACUGUGAGCAGCUGUGUAAGUGUGAGCCUCCAUUUGUUACCUGUAAUGCUGCUAACUGCCCACCAAUGGAGCAAUGUGGUGUACAAGGUGGAGUCAUCGGGUGUUACCCAGAAGAUUCUCAGGACUGUAUUAUCUCUGGUGAUCCUCAUUAUAACAGCUUUGAUGGCAAAUACUUCAGUUUCAUGGGCACUUGCACCUACACUCUGGCACGCACCUGCAAAAACAACACUGGCCCCUGGUUCUCAAUAGAGGGUAAGAAUGAAGAGAGAGGAGUUUCUGGUGUUUCUUACUUGAGGAAACUUUAUGUGACUGUCAAUGGUGUCACUGUGACAAUGAUGAAAAGCAGAAAAACUUUGGUAAAUGGACACAGGGUUUCCCUCCCUCACUCCCCAUCUCCGCUCAUGUCUCUCUCUCUUGCUGGUCAAUAUGUUAUCCUCACUACUCCCUUCGGUCUGGAGGUGAAAUGGGACGGCAACCAUUAUGCUAAGAUCACUGUUCCCAGUUCCUACUAUGAUCAGAUGUGUGGCCUGUGUGGAGACUAUGAUGGAAACCCCAAUAAUGACUUCACUAAGCCAGAUGGCUCUCAAGCCGAUAGCUCAGAUCAGUUUGGUAACAGCUGGCAAACUGAUGAAGAUGAGGACGAAACAUGCAAGCCUGACACAGGGCCUGACCCACCCUGUGAUCCUGAGCUGGAGGAUCUGGUGUCAAACCCAGAGAACUGUGGGAAAAUAACUGACAACAAUGGACCAUUUAGGGACUGUAUAAAGGUGGUGGAUCCACUGCCUUUCUUCCAGAGCUGUGUGUUUGAUAUGUGCCGUUAUGAGGGACUACAGCAGACUCUCUGUGAUCAGCUUCAAGCUUACACUGAUGCUUGUCUGAGUGCAGGUGCACCUGUCCAUCAGUGGAGGGAGCCAGACUUCUGCCCUCUGGUUUGCCCUCCAAACAGCCAUUACUCCAUAUGUGUGAGCUCCUGUCCAGAGACGUGUCUGGGUAUCAACGGACCACCAGGCUGUAGUGAGAAGUGUGUUGAAGGCUGUGAGUGUAACCCUGGAUUCAUCUUAAGUGAUGAUAAAUGUGUGCCACUUAAAGACUGCGGCUGUGUGGACUCCUCAGACUCUUACCAUCCAGUGAAUGAUAGCUGGUAUCUUGAGGGCUGUACAGAGAAGUGUACAUGUGAGGGUGGAGGAACUAUUCAGUGCUAUAACACCAGCUGUUUGCCUACUGAGAGCUGCCAGCUUGAGGAUGGAGACUAUGACUGCAGACCUCUUGCAACACCUAAACCAACAACACCUCAGCCAACUACUACACCACCACCAGUGACAUGUCCUCCAGAUGCUGAGUACAUUGAUUGUGGUCCAGCCUGUAUUCCUAGCUGUGAUCGGCCUUCAACAAAUUGCACAGGUUCAUGCAUCAGCGGCUGCUUCUGUAAACCAGGAUUUGUUUUCCGUGGUCAGCGCUGUGUUCCUAUUGAACAGUGUGGUUGUCUAGAUGAAAACAACAAUUACUUUGAGCCUGGUGAAAUUAUAUUUGGAAAUGGCUGCUCCAAGUUGUGUCGUUGUGCUGGCAACUACACCUUUGACUGUGUGGACAACACCUGUGACCCUGUGACAGAAGAAUGUCGUGAGGUUGGUGGCGUUCAUGGCUGCUACCCUAAAGGAACCUCAACCUGUGUUUCUUCUGGUGAUCCUCAUUACACCACCUUUGAUAAUAAGCGCUAUGACUUCAUGGGGAACUGCUCUUACCUGAUGUCUGAGCCUUGUAACAGCACAGAUGUGCCGUACUUCGCUGUGUACACAGACAAUGAGAAUCGCUACAACAAUCCUUCAAUCAGCUAUGUAAAAGCUGUGCAUGUCCAUGCAUUUGGAGUAAAAGUGUCCAUUCUGAAAGGAGGGAUUGUGCAGGUGAAUGGUACCAAUGUGAACGUCCCUCUUACUCCAGUAAAUGGCAUUGAUAUAUUCAUGGCUGGUACGCAAUACACAGUGGCCUUAAACUUUGGUGUGACUGUACGUUAUGAUGGAAACCACUACAUGGACAUUAAAGUUAUCAAAGACUAUGAGGACAAACUUUGUGGACUGUGUGGAGACUACAAUGGAGACCCUAAGGAUGACUUCCGUACCCCCACUGGUGAACUUGUCCAAAGCCCUAAAGAUUUUGGUAACAGCUGGAACACAGACCCUGAUUGUGAUAAAACCGAGGUUGACCCAUCACCUGGGUGUACAGAUACUGAGCUGGACUUGUAUGAAGGACCUGCUUAUUGUGGUAUCAUAUUGGACAGCAAAGGUCCAUUUGCUACUUGCCAUCCAAAAGUCAACCCCAAUGGUUUCUUCAAAGACUGUUUGUUUGAUGUGUGUGAGUUGGAUGGUGCUCAGUCUGCAUUGUGUGAAGCAAUAGAGGCGUAUGUCAAUGAAUGUCAGCAACGUGGUGUCACAAUUGGAUCCUGGAGAAACAGCACUUUCUGUCCUCUGAAAUGUCCAGCCAAUAGUCACUUUGAAUCCUGCGUCCCAAUUUGCCAACCAUCCUGUUACCCAAUUCCACCAAAUCAGUGUACUGGACCCUGUUCUGAAGGAUGUUUGUGUGACCCUGGGUUUGUCCUUAGUGCUGGACAGUGUGUGAAACAAGAUCAAUGUGGCUGCAUGCGUAAUGGACAGUACUACCAGCCAGGUGAAGAGUUUUACACCAAAGACUGUGAGCAGUUGUGUAAGUGUGAGCCUCCAUUUGUUACCUGUAAUGCUGCUAACUGCCCACCAAUGGAGCAAUGUGGUGUACAGGGUGGAGUCAUCGGGUGUUACCCAGAAGAUUCUCAGGACUGUAUUAUCUCUGGUGAUCCUCAUUAUAACAGCUUUGAUGGCAAAUACUUCAGUUUCAUGGGCACUUGCACCUACACUUUGGCACGCACCUGCAAAAACAACACUGGCCCCUGGUUCUCAAUAGAGGGUAAGAAUGAAGAGAGAGGAGUUUCUGGUGUUUCUUACCUGAGGAAACUUUAUGUGACUGUCAAUGGUGUCACUGUGACAAUGAUGAAAAGCAGAAAAACUUUGGUAAAUGGACACAGGGUUUCCCUCCCUCACUCCCCAUCUCCGCUCAUGUCUCUCUCUCUUGCUGGUCAAUAUGUUAUCCUCACUACUCCCUUCGGUUUGGAGGUGAAAUGGGACGGCAACCAUUAUGCCAAGAUCACUGUUCCCAGUUCCUACUAUGAUCAGAUGUGUGGCCUGUGUGGAGACUAUGAUGGAAACCCCAAUAAUGACUUCACUAAGCCAGAUGGCUCUCAAGCCGAUAGCUCAGAUCAGUUUGGUAACAGCUGGCAAACUGAUGAAGAUGAGGACGAAACAUGCAAGCCUGACACAGGGCCUGACCCACCCUGUGAUCCUGAGCUGGAGGAUCUGGUGUCAAACCCAGAGAACUGUGGGAAAAUAACUGACAACAAUGGACCAUUUAGGGACUGUAUAAAGGUGGUGGAUCCACUGCCUUUCUUCCAGAGCUGUGUGUUUGAUAUGUGCCGUUAUGAUGGACUACAGCAGACUCUCUGUGAUCAGCUUCAAGCUUACACUGAUGCUUGUCUGAGUGCAGGUGCACCUGUCCAUCAGUGGAGGGAGCCAGACUUCUGCCCUCUGGUUUGCCCUCCAAACAGCCAUUACUCCAUAUGUGUGAGCUCCUGUCCAGAGACGUGUCUGGGUAUCAAUGGACCACCAGGCUGUAGUGAGAAGUGUGUUGAAGGCUGUCAGUGUAACCCUGGAUUCAUCUUAAGUGAUGAUAAAUGUGUGCCACUUAAAGACUGCGGCUGUGUGGACUCCUCAGACUCCUACCAUCCAGUGAAUGAUAGCUGGUAUCUUGAGGGCUGUACAGAGAAGUGUACAUGUGAGGGUGGAGGAACUAUUCAGUGUUAUAACACCAGCUGUCUGCCUACUGAGAGCUGCCAGCUUGAGGACGGAGACUAUGACUGCAGACCUCUUGCAACACCUAAACCAACAACACCUCAGCCAACUACUACACCACCACCAGUGACAUGUCCUCCAAAUUCUGAGUACAUUGAUUGUGGUCCAGCCUGUAUUCCUAGCUGCGACCGGCCUUCAACAAAUUGCACAGGUUCAUGCAUCAGCGGCUGCUUCUGUAAACCAGGAUUUGUUUUCCGUGGUCAGCGCUGUGUUCCUAUUGAACAGUGUGGUUGUCUAGAUGAAGACAACAAUUACUUUGAGCCUGGUGAAAUUAUAUUUGGAAAUGGCUGUUCCAAGUUGUGUCGUUGUGCUGGCAACUACACCUUUGACUGUGUGGACAACACCUGUGACCCUGUGACAGAAGAAUGUCGUGAGGUUGGUGGAGUUCAUGGCUGCUACCCUAAAGGAACCUCAACCUGUGUUUCUUCUGGUGAUCCUCAUUACACCACCUUUGAUAAACAGCGCUAUGACUUCAUGGGGAACUGCUCCUACCUGAUGUCUGAGCCUUGUAACAGCACAGAUGUGCCGUACUUCGCUGUGUACACAGACAAUGAGAAUCGCUACAACAAUCCUUCAAUCAGCUAUGUAAAAGCUGUGCAUGUUCAUGCAUUUGGAGUGAAAGUGUCCAUUCUGAAAGGAGGGAUUGUGCAGGUGAAUGGUACCAAUGUGAACGUCCCUCUUACUCCAGUAAAUGGCAUUGAUAUAUUCAUGGCUGGUACGCAAUACACAGUGGCCUUAAACUUUGGUGUGACUGUACGUUAUGAUGGAAACCACUACAUGGACAUUAAAGUUAUCAAAGACUAUGAGGACAAACUUUGUGGACUGUGUGGAGACUACAAUGGAGACCCUAAGGAUGACUUCCGUACCCCCACUGGUGAACUUGUCCAAAGCCCUAAAGAUUUUGGUAACAGCUGGAACACAGACCCUGAUUGUGAUAAAACCGAGGUUGACCCAUCACCUGGGUGUACAGAUACUGAGCUGGACUUGUAUGAAGGACCUGCUUACUGUGGUAUCAUAUUGGACAGCAAAGGUCCAUUUGCUACUUGCCAUCCAAAAGUCAACCCCAAUGGUUUCUUCAAAGACUGUUUGUUUGAUGUGUGUGAGUUGGAUGGUGCUCAGUCUGCAUUGUGUGAAGCAAUAGAGGCGUAUGUCAAUGAAUGUCAGCAACGUGGUGUCACAAUUGGAUCCUGGAGAAACAGCACCUUCUGUCCUCUGAAAUGUCCAGCCAAUAGUCACUUUGAAUCCUGCGUCCCAAUUUGCCAACCAUCCUGUUACCCAAUUCCACCAAAUCAGUGUACUGGACCCUGUUCUGAAGGAUGUUUGUGUGACCCUGGGUUUGUCCUUAGUGCUGGACAGUGUGUGAAACAAGAUGAAUGUGGCUGCAUGCGUAAUGGACAGUACUACCAGCCAGGUGAAGAGUUUUACACUAAGGACUGUGAGCAGCUGUGUAAGUGUGAGCCUCCAUUUGUUACCUGUAAUGCUGCAGACUGCCCACCAAUGGAGCAAUGUGGUGUACAAGGUGGAGUCAUCGGGUGUUACCCAGAAGAUUCUCAGGACUGUAUUAUCUCUGGUGAUCCUCAUUAUAACAGCUUUGAUGGCAAAUACUUCAGUUUCAUGGGCACUUGCACCUACACUCUGGCUCGCACCUGCAAAAACAACACUGGCCCCUGGUUCUCAAUAGAGGGUAAGAAUGAAGAGAGAGGAGUUUCUGGUGUUUCUUACCUGAGGAAACUUUAUGUGACUGUCAAUGGUGUCACUGUGACAAUGAUGAAAAGCAGGAAAACUUUGGUAAAUGGACACAGGGUUUCCCUCCCUCACUCCCCAUCUUCGCUCAUGUCUCUCUCUCUUGCUGGUCAAUAUGUUAUCCUCACUACUCCCUUCGGUCUUGAGGUGAAAUGGGACGGCAACCAUUAUGCCAAGAUCACUGUUCCCAGUUCCUACUAUGAUCAGAUGUGUGGCCUGUGUGGAGACUAUGAUGGAAACCCCAAUAAUGACUUCACUAAGCCAGAUGGCUCUCAAGCCGAUAGCUCAGAUCAGUUUGGUAACAGCUGGCAAACUGAUGAAGAUGAGGAUGAAACAUGCAAGCCUGGCACAGGGCCUGACCCACCCUGUGAUCCUGAGCUGGAGGAUCUGGUGUCAAACCCAGAGAACUGUGGGAAAAUAACUGACAACAAUGGACCAUUUAGGGACUGUAUAAAGGUGGUGGAUCCACUGCCUUUCUUCCAGAGCUGUGUGUUUGAUAUGUGCCGUUAUGAGGGACUACAGCAGACUCUCUGUGAUCAGCUUCAAGCUUACACUGAUGCUUGUCUGAGUGCAGGUGCACCUGUCCAUCAGUGGAGGGAGCCAGACUUCUGCCCUCUGGUUUGCCCUCCAAACAGCCAUUACUCCAUAUGUGUGAGCUCCUGUCCAGAGACGUGUCUGGGUAUCAACGGACCACCAGGCUGUAGUGAGAAGUGUGUUGAAGGCUGUGAGUGUAACCCUGGAUUCAUCUUAAGUGAUGAUAAAUGUGUGCCACUUAAAGACUGCGGCUGUGUGGACUCCUCAGGCUCCUACCAUCCAGUGAAUGAUAGCUGGUAUCUUGAGGGCUGUACAGAGAAGUGUACAUGUGAGGGUGGAGGAACUAUUCAGUGUUAUAACACCAGCUGUCUGCCUACUGAGAGCUGCCAGCUUGAGGACGGAGACUAUGACUGCAGACCUCUUGCAACACCUAAACCAACAACACCUCAGCCAACUACUACACCACCACCAGUGACAUGUCCUCCAGAUGCUGAGUACAUUGACUGUGGACCAGCCUGUAUUCCUACCUGCGACCGGCCUUCAACAAAUUGCACAGGUUCAUGCAUCAGCGGCUGCUUCUGUAAACCAGGAUUUGUUUUCCGUGGUCAGCGCUGUGUUCCAAUUGAACAGUGUGGUUGUCUAGAUGAAAACAACAAUUACUUUGAGCCUGGUGAAAUUAUAUUUGGAAAUGGCUGCUCCAAGUUGUGUCGUUGUGCUGGCAACUACACCUUUGACUGUGUGGACAACACCUGUGACCCUGUGACAGAAGAAUGUCGUGAGGUUGGUGGCGUUCAUGGCUGCUACCCUAAAGGAACCUCAACCUGUGUUUCUUCUGGUGAUCCUCAUUACACCACCUUUGAUAAUAAGCGCUAUGACUUCAUGGGGAACUGCUCUUACCUGAUGUCUGAGCCUUGUAACAGCACAGAUGUGCCGUACUUCGCUGUGUACACAGACAAUGAGAAUCGCUACAACAAUCCUUCAAUCAGCUAUGUAAAAGCUGUGCAUGUCCAUGCAUUUGGAGUAAAAGUGUCCAUUCUGAAAGGAGGGAUUGUGCAGGUGAAUGGUACCAAUGUGAACAUCCCUCUUACUCCAGUCAAUGGCAUUGACAUUUUCAUGGCUGGUACGCAAUAUACAGUGGCCUUAAACUUUGGUGUGACUGUACGUUAUGAUGGAAACCACUACAUGGACAUUAAAGUUAUCAAAGACUAUGAGGACAAACUUUGUGGACUGUGUGGAGACUACAAUGGAGACCCUAAGGAUGACUUCCGUACUCCCACUGGUGAACUCGUCCAAAGCCCUAAAGAUUUUGGUAACAGCUGGAACACAGACCCUGAUUGUGAUAAAACAGAGGUUGACCCAUCACCUGGGUGUACAGAUACUGAGCUGGACUUGUAUGAAGGACCUGCUUACUGUGGUAUCAUAUUGGACAGCAAAGGUCCAUUUGCUACUUGCCAUCCAAAAGUCAACCCCAAUGGUUUCUUCAAAGACUGUUUGUUUGAUGUGUGUGAGUUGGAUGGUGCUCAGUCUGCAUUGUGUGAAGCAAUAGAGGCGUAUGUCAAUGAAUGUCAGCAACGUGGUGUCACAAUUGGACCCUGGAGAAACAGCACCUUCUGUCCUCUAAAAUGUCCAGCCAAUAGUCACUUUGAAUCCUGCAUCCCAAUUUGCCAACCAUCCUGUUACCCAAUUCCACCAAAUCAGUGUACUGGACCCUGUUCUGAAGGAUGUUUGUGUGACCCUGGGUUUGUCCUUAGUGCUGGACAGUGUGUGAAACAAGAUGAAUGUGGCUGCAUGCGUAAUGGACAGUACUACCAGCCAGGUGAAGAGUUUUACACCAAAGACUGUGAGCAGCUGUGUAAGUGUGAUCCUCCAUUUGUUACCUGUAAUGCUGCUAACUGCCCACCAAUGGAGCAAUGUGGUGUACAAGGUGGAGUCAUCGGGUGUUACCCAGAAGAUUCUCAGGACUGUAUUAUCUCUGGUGAUCCUCAUUAUAACAGCUUUGAUGGCAAAUACUUCAGUUUCAUGGGCACUUGCACCUACACUCUGGCACGCACCUGCAAAAACAACACUGGCCCCUGGUUCUCAAUAGAGGGUAAGAAUGAAGAGAGAGGAGUUUCUGGUGUUUCUUACCUGAGGAAACUUUAUGUGACUGUCAAUGGUGUCACUGUGACAAUGAUGAAAAGCAGGAAAACUUUGGUAAAUGGACACAGGGUUUCCCUCCCUCACUCCCCAUCUCCGCUCAUGUCUCUCUCUCUUGCUGGUCAAUAUGUUAUCCUCACUACUCCCUUCGGUCUGGAGGUGAAAUGGGACGGCAACCAUUAUGCUAAGAUCACUGUUCCCAGUUCCUACUAUGAUCAGAUGUGUGGCCUGUGUGGAGACUAUGAUGGAAAUCCCAAUAAUGACUUCACUAAGCCAGAUGGCUCUCAAGCCGAUAGCUCAGAUCAGUUUGGUAACAGCUGGCAAACUGAUGAAGAUGAGGACGAAACAUGCAAGCCUGACACAGGGCCUGACCCACCCUGUGAUCCUGAGCUGGAGGAUCUGGUGUCAAACCCAGAGAACUGUGGGAAAAUAACUGACAACAAUGGACCAUUUAGGGACUGUAUAAAGGUGGUGGAUCCACUGCCUUUCUUCCAGAGCUGUGUGUUUGAUAUGUGCCGUUAUGAGGGACUACAGCAGACUCUCUGUGAUCAGCUUCAAGCUUACACUGAUGCUUGUCUGAGUGCAGGUGCACCUGUCCAUCAGUGGAGGGAGCCAGACUUCUGCCCUCUGGUUUGCCCUCCAAACAGCCAUUACUCCAUAUGUGUGAGCUCCUGUCCAGAGACGUGUCUGGGUAUCAAUGGACCACCAGGCUGUAGUGAGAAGUGUGUUGAAGGCUGUCAGUGUAACCCUGGAUUCAUCUUAAGUGAUGAUAAAUGUGUGCCACUUAAAGACUGCGGCUGUGUGGACUCCUCAGACUCCUACCAUCCAGUGAAUGAUAGCUGGUAUCUUGAGGGCUGUACAGAGAAGUGUACAUGUGAGGGUGGAGGAACUAUUCAGUGUUAUAACACCAGCUGUCUGCCUACUGAGAGCUGCCAGCUUGAGGACGGAGACUAUGACUGCAGACCUCUUGCAACACCUAAACCAACAACACCUCAGUCAACUACUACACCACCACCAGUGACAUGUCCUCCAAAUGCUGAGUACAUUGAUUGUGGUCCAGCCUGUAUUCCUAGCUGCGACCGGCCUUCAACAAAUUGCACAGGUUCAUGCAUCAGCGGCUGCUUCUGUAAACCAGGAUUUGUUUUCCGUGGUCAGCGCUGUGUUCCUAUUGAACAGUGUGGUUGUCUAGAUGAAAACAACAAUUACUUUGAGCCUGGUGAAAUUAUAUUUGGAAAUGGCUGCUCCAAGUUGUGUCGUUGUGCUGGCAACUACACCUUUGACUGUGUGGACAACACCUGUGACCCUGUGACAGAAGAAUGUCGUGAGGUUGGUGGCGUUCAUGGCUGCUACCCUAAAGGAACCUCAACCUGUGUUUCUUCUGGUGAUCCUCAUUACACCACCUUUGAUAAUAAGCGCUAUGACUUCAUGGGGAACUGCUCUUACCUGAUGUCUGAGCCUUGUAACAGUACAGAUGUGCCAUACUUCGCUGUCUACACAGACAAUGAGAAUCGCUACAACAAUCCUUCAAUCAGCUAUGUAAAAGCUGUGCAUGUUCAUGCAUUUGGAGUAAAAGUGUCCAUUCUGAAAGGAGGGAUUGUGCAGGUGGAUGGUACCAAUGUGAACAUCCCUCUUACUCCUGUCAAUGGCAUUGACAUUUUCAUGGCUGGUACACAAUACACAGUGGUCUUAAAUUUUGGUGUGACUGUACGUUAUGAUGGAAACCACUACAUGGACAUUAAAGUUAUCAAAGACUAUGAGGACAAACUUUGUGGACUGUGUGGAGACUACAAUGGAGACCCUAAAGAUGACUUCCGUACUCCCACUGGUGAACUCGUCCAAAGCCCUAAAGAUUUUGGUAACAGCUGGAACACAGACCCUGAUUGUGAUAAAACAGAGGUUGACCCAUCGCCUGGGUGUACAGAUACUGAGCUGGACUUGUAUGAAGGACCUGCUUACUGUGGUAUCAUAUUGGACAGCAAAGGUCCAUUUGCUACUUGCCAUCCAAAAGUCAACCCCAAUGGUUUCUUCAAAGACUGUUUGUUUGAUGUGUGUGAGUUGGAUGGUGCUCAGUCUGCAUUGUGUGAAGCAAUAGAGGCGUAUGUCAAUGAAUGUCAGCAACGUGGUGUCACAAUUGGAUCCUGGAGAAACAGCACCUUCUGUCCUCUGAAAUGUCCAGCCAAUAGUCACUUUGAAUCCUGUGUCCCAAUUUGCCAACCAUCCUGUUACCCAAUUCCACCAAAUCAGUGUACUGGACCCUGUUCUGAAGGAUGUUUGUGUGACUCCGGGUUUGUCCUUAGUGCUGGACAGUGUGUGAAACAAGAUGAAUGUGGCUGCAUGCGUAAUGGACAGUACUACCAGCCAGGUGAAGAGUUUUACACUAAAGACUGUGAGCAGCUGUGUAAGUGUGAGCCUCCAUCUGUUACCUGUAAUGCUGCUAACUGCCCACCAAUGGAGCAAUGUGGUGUACAGGAUGGAGUCAUCGGGUGUUACCCAGAAGAUUCUCAGGACUGUAUUAUCUCUGGUGAUCCUCAUUAUAACAGCUUUGAUGGCAAAUACUUCAGUUUCAUGGGCACUUGCACCUACACUCUGGCUCGCACCUGCAAAAACAACACUGGCCCCUGGUUCUCAAUAGAGGGUAAGAAUGAAGAGAGAGGAGUUUCUGGUGUUUCUUACCUGAGGAAACUUUAUGUGACUGUCAGUGGUGUCACUGUGACAAUGAUGAAAAGCAGGAAAACUUUGGUAAAUGGACACAGGGUUUCUCUCCCUCACUCACCAUCUCCGCUCAUGUCUCUCUCUCUUGCUGGUCAAUAUGUUAUCCUCACUACUCCCUUCGGUCUGGAGGUGAAAUGGGACGGCAACCAUUAUGCCAAGAUCACUGUUCCCAGUUCCUACUAUGAUCAGAUGUGUGGUUUGUGUGGAGACUAUGAUGGAAACCCCAAUAAUGACUUCACUAAGCCAGAUGGCUCUCAAGCCGAUAGCUCAGAUCAGUUUGGUAACAGCUGGCAAACUGAUGAAGAUGAGGACGAAACAUGCAAGCCUGGCACAGGGCCUGACCCACCCUGUGAUCCUGAGCUGGAGGAUCUGGUGUCAAACCCAGAGAACUGUGGGAAAAUAACUGACAACAAUGGACCAUUUAGGGACUGUAUAAAGGUGGUGGAUCCACUGCCUUUCUUCCAGAGCUGUGUGUUUGAUAUGUGCCGUUAUGAGGGACUACAGCAGACUCUCUGUGAUCAGCUUCAAGCUUACACUGAUGCUUGUCUGAGUGCAGGUGCACCUGUCCAUCAGUGGAGGGAGCCAGACUUCUGCCCUCUGGCUUGCCCUCCAAACAGCCAUUACUCCAUAUGUGUGAGCUCCUGUCCAGAGACGUGUCUGGGUAUCAACGGACCACCAGGCUGUAGUGAGAAGUGUGUUGAAGGCUGUGAGUGUAACCCUGGAUUCAUCUUAAGUGAUGAUAAAUGUGUGCCACUUAAAGACUGCGGCUGUGUGGACUCCUCAGACUCCUACCAUCCAGUGAAUGAUAGCUGGUAUCUUGAGGGCUGUACAGAGAAGUGUACAUGUGAGGGUGGAGGAACUAUUCAGUGUUAUAACACCAGCUGUCUGCCUACUGAGAGCUGCCAGCUUCAGGAUGGAGACUAUGGAUGCAAAGCUCUUGAUUCUGGCAUUUGUUCAGUCUCUGGUGACCCUCAUUACACUUCCUUUGAUAAGAAAGUGCAUCAUUUCAUGGGCGCCUGCUCCUACACUGUUACUAAGCCCUGUAAUGAGACCUCCGGCUUGCCGUACUUCUCUGUCGAGACACAGAACGAACACAGGGACAAUAAUAAGAAAGUGUCUUAUGUACAAUCUGUUAUCAUCCAUGUCCACAACACAAAGGUCAUUUUGGGCAAAGGCCGUAAAGUUCAGGUGAAUGGAGUUCAGGUCACUGUGCCUGUCACACUUCCUAAUGGAAUUAAGAUCUUCCUAAGUGGCAAAUUCGUGGUGCUCGACACAGAUUUUGGAUUACGUGUCCGUUUUGAUGGAAAUCACCAUGCUGAUGUUGCCCUGCCUUCUUCCUAUAGCGGACUGUUAUGUGGACUUUGUGGAAACUAUAAUGGUAAUCCGAAUGAUGACAACAUCAAGUCAGAUGGGAAACCAACAGACAGCACCAAUGAGCUUGGAGAAAGCUGGCAGGUGCCCGAUGACAGACCAGAUUGUUCUCAUGGUGGUGGAGACAUUGAAUGUGAUGAUAAAAUCGAAAGUGAAGCCCAGAAACCUACCAGCUGUGGCAUGAUCACUGACCCCAAUGGAAUCUUCAAACCAUGUCAUGCAGUGGUGCCCCCCAAUCCUUACUUUGAGAGCUGUGUGUUUGAUCAGUGUGGCACGGGUGGCAGUGCAGUGGCCCUGUGUCAAGCUAUCGAAAGCUAUGCUGACAUGUGCGCUCAAGCUGGGGUGUCAAUAAACUGGAGAAAUAACACUUUCUGUCCUAUUAAAUGUCCUGUUGGUAGUCACUAUGAGCCGUGUGGUUCAGCGUGUCCAGCCAGUUGUCAGGACCCUGGAUCUGAAGGCAUCUGUUCUGAGCCUUGUGUUGAGGGAUGCGUGUGUGACCCUGGUUUAAUUCUGAGUGGAGACAAGUGUGUGGCUUUCAGCGAGUGUGGCUGCACUGACAGAGACAACAACUACAGGCCUGUUGGAGACAGCUGGUUUACGAAAGAUGACUGUACAGAGCGCUGCGUGUGUUCACCGUUCAAUACUGUGAAAUGUGAGGCAUGGCAGUGUGGUCCUGCUCAGGAAUGUAAGGUCAAUCAAGGUCAACUGGGCUGCGUGAACACAGGAGUGGGCAUUUGUCACAUCGCUGGUGAUCCUCACUACUACACCUUUGAUGGCAUCAUGCACACCUACAUGGGUACCUGCACUUACACGCUAGUGGCGAUAUGUAACAGCUCUAUGGUCACACCCUUCACCAUCGUGGCUAAGAACGAAGAACGUGGUCUGCCGGAAGCUUCGUAUGUUCGCUCUGUGACCAUCCAUCUGCCCACUGCCAACAUCACUCUCAGCAAAAGCGGCAGAGUAUUGCUCAAUGAACGUAGAAUAAAGACCCCCUAUGACAUCAAAGAAGCCAAGGCGAAAGUGUUUACUAGUGGAGUAAACAGCGUACUAGACACUGACUUUGGUCUGAUUGUGAAGUUUGAUGGAGUGCACCACAUUGAGAUCACAGUGCCUGGAGACUAUUUCAACAAGGUGUGUGGUAUGUGCGGUAACUACAAUGGAGAUUCCUCUGAUGAUGACUUGAUGCCCAACGGCAAACCUGCCAAGGAUGUCAUAGAGCUUGGCAACAGCUGGAAGGCGGAGGGAGACAGUGAUCCUGGCUGCCAGCCCGACUUACGACCUGAUGUCCAUCCUAACUGUGAUCAGGACGAAGAAGAGAUCUACAGGUCACAGUGUGGAGAGCCGAUCCUGUCCGACCGCUUCAAGCCCUGUCACUCUCUCAUUCCUCCAGAGGCCUUCCUUGGAAACUGUGUCUAUGACAUGUGUGAAUAUGAUGGCAUGCAGUCCACUCUUUGCGAUAACGUUGAGGCUUACGCACAGGCCUGUCAGAGCAGCGGAGUCACCAUCAGCUGGAGGAACAACACCUUCUGCCCUCUCCCAUGUCCUCCCAACAGUCACUAUUCUGACUGCACCGUGCCAUGUCCACCCACCUGUGCCGACCUUUUUCCCAUAUUCUGCCCGUUGCCGCCAAACAGCUGCGUAGAAGGUUGCCAGUGUGAUGCAGGUUUUGUGUUAAGUGAUGGGAGGUGUGUCCCACUCUCGAGCUGUGGAUGUGUUGACAGCACAGGAGAAUAUCAUGAUGUGGGAGAUUCGUGGGUAACAGAGCACUGCAGCCAGAAGUGCAGCUGUAGUCUUGGAGGGCAGCUGUCUUGCACGCCGUUUGAAUGUGACGACAACUCAGUCUGUGCUCUGGACAACAAUGGAGACCGAUACUGUAAACCUGAGAAAUUUGAUGACUGCAAUAUUGCUGGAGACCCUCACUAUCGCACCUUUGACAAAUUCAAUCACCAUUACCAAGGACCCUAUACCUAUGUAUUAACCCAAAGCAACAGUCCACUCAGCUCCCUCACACCUUUCACUGUCCGCGGCAAAAACCAACGGCAAGGAGGCUUGAGUCGCGUUUCUCUCCUUCGUGAGGUUUAUGUGGACGUGUAUGGAAUCACUGUUCGCAUGCUUCAAAAAAAGAAAGUGCUGGUAAAUGGUGAGAACAUUUCUCCACCUUACAGUCCUGUACAGGGAGUUAGCAUAAAAAUGAAGUCUCGCUUUGUUAUGCUCUCAACUGACUUUGGCCUUUCUGUGCGCUUUGAUGGCAAUAUACAAGCAGUGGUGACUCUGCCCAGUGUAUACAAAUCUCGUGUGCUCGGACUGUGUGGCAAUUAUGAUGGACGCUCCAAUAAUGAAUACACAAAACCAGACGGCACAGUUGUCCGCAACCUCAAUGAGUUUGGAGACAGCUGGAGAGUGAAUGAUAAAGAUGCAAUGCGUAUUCGCACCCCAGUACUACCAAACGUGGUACACCUGCACAAGCGUGAAGUGGAGGAAGAUCCAGAUUCAGGUUUCGAGACGACCGGCUGCACUGAAGCUCAGCUGAAUGAGUUAAAUGGGAAUAAACAGUGUGGGGCUCUCAGCGACCCUGCAGGUCCUUUUGCUGCCUGCAAUGCUCAGAUUCCUCCAGACAUCUUCCAAGAGGACUGUGUGUUUGACCUGUGUGCUGAGCCGGGCAGUGAAGUACUGCGCUGUGAAAAUUACGCUGUCUACGCUCGGGCUUGCCAAGAUGAGGGGGUCAAACUGGGGCCGUGGCGACAAGAGCUUGGUUGCGUUUUGGAAUGUGGGCCCAACAGCACUUAUUCCAGCUCUAUGACUCCAUGCCCGGCGUCCUGUGCUGAUCUGGCAGCUCCUUCAGAGUGUGAGCAGACACAACUUGUGGAGGGAUGUCAGUGUAACCCUGGAUUUGCUCUCAGUGACAACGACUGCGUGCCUUUCAACCAGUGUGGAUGCACAUACCUGGGUCGCUACUAUGCGCUGAAGGAAGUGUUUGUGACAGAGGACUGUUCACAGAGUUGUGAAAGUACCGCCACUGGAGCUGUGUGCCAACCAAAGGGCUGUGGAGAAAUGGAGAUCUGCACUGUGUUUGACACCAAACGUGACUGUUAUAAAUUGAGUCCGUGUUUGAGUUCACCCUGUCUGAAUGAUGGAACCUGUGAAGAGACGUCCGAUGGCUCUGGGUACACCUGCAUGUGUGCUGAAGGUUUUGAGGGCAAAGAUUGUGAGAUCUUUAAAACGCCCUCUGAGGAAGGAUUAGAUCUAACAAGUAUUAUUUUAAUCGGAGUAUUUGUGCCCCUUGGCAUCAUUCUAAUAAUCACAGCAACUGCGUGCAUGUGCAAGAGAUGCAGUCGCAAAAAGAAGAGUUAUGAUUCAAGGAGACUUGAGCUGAAGGAAACAGAUCAUCCCUAUGAAAACUUGGAUUCUGAUAAGCAGCAAGAGACAAACAAUGAUGUGCUUAACUCUACAACAUUUUGAUUUUCAGCAUUGAUCUGCUGAAACAUUUGUGUCUGUAUUUAUUGACUUUUGAAUGUGUCAAUUUUGAAUGUUUUUGGAAAUAUAUGUGCAGUUACGAUUAAUUCCUCUGUUUCUGUUAAUGUGCUGUAACUUAUUUUUAAAAGUUCUUUUUAAAUAAUUUUUAAUGUAUUAUGAUUGGGGGAAUACAUGCAAUUAUAAAAUGUUUGUGAAUAUCUGAAAAUAAAUUGUUUUUACCACCAAUAUACUUCAAAUACUAACAAAUUUCUGGAUUUAAACAAGUAAAAAAGACAAUUUAUGCCCUUGUUGCAUUUAUUCAAGUGCAACGAACCAAAAAUCAACACCACACGUUUCCAACAACUCUCAACACUUGUGAGUACAAACAGUGUUGUAAUUCAAGCCAUAACAGGAGAAAAUAAAAGUGGACUUACUUCA